AUGGCUUUAGCAGUUGUUGAAGCAGCGAGAAAACUACGACCGUAUUUUCAGUCGCACUCCGUGGAAGUAUUGACUGAUCAGCCUCUCCGAACGAUACUCCAGAACACUAACAGAUCCGGCAGACUCACAAAGUGGGCCAUCGAACUCGGCGAGCUCGAUAUCAUCUACAAGAACCGCACGGCAGCGAAAUCCCAGGUCCUUGCCGAUUUCUUGGUCGAACUGGCCCCAGAAUUAGAGCAAGAUCUCACAUUCCCAAGCUCAAACUGGACAUUGCACGUCGACGGAUCGUCGACCAACAAAGGAGCAGGUGCCGGAGUCCAAUUACAGUCCCCGACCGGCGAGCUAAUCAGACAGUCUUUCAGCUUCGGCUUUCCCGCGUCAAACAACGAGGCAGAAUACGAAUCUCUGAUCGCAGGACUCCGCUUAGCAAAAGCCGUCAAAGCUAAACGACUAAGCGCUUAUUGCGACUCUCAGUUAGUCGCCAGUCAGUUCAGUGGCGACUACGACGCCCGCAACGAUCGGAUGGACGCCUAUCUCAAAAUAGUGCAAAGCUUGGCAGCAGAGUUCGAAUUCUUCGAACUCAUCAAAGUUCCGAGAGGCGAGAACGUCUGCGCCGACGCCCUCGCUGCCCUUGGCAGCAAGCUUCAUGAUCAAGUGAAAAGAACAAUCCCGAUACAUCGUAUCGAGAAACCAAGCAUCGAUAUGCUGACCGACCAAACCCUCGUCGCCCAGGUCGUCGAACCCAUUGCUCCAGACGACGACGGAUUUGGCCCAGAUUGGAGAACCGAGUUCAUCGACUACCUCUCGAAAGGGGAACUCCCAGCAGAAAAAUGGGCAGCUCGCCGGCUAAAAACCCGCAGCGCCCAUUACGUCGUUCUUGACGAUGAACUGCACCGAUGGACGGCGAGUAAAGUGCUCCUCAAAUGCAUCCAUGGCGACGAGACAGCAAGGGUUAUGGCUGAGACACAUGAAGGCGCUGGCGGAAAUCAUUCGGGCGGACGUGCGUUGGCAAUCAAAGUAAGGAGCUUAGGUUUCUUUUGGCCGACGAUGAACGCUGAUUGCGAGUCAUACGCGAGAAGCUGCGACAAGUGCCAACGACACGCACCUAGCAUCCAUUGUCCAACCGAGAUGUUGCGCACAACCACCACCCCUUACCCGUUCAUGCGAUGGGCGAUGGAUAUCAUAGGACCGCUUCCUUGUUCCCGCCAAAGACGCUUCAUCCUGGUCCUGACCGACUACUUCACUAAAUGGAUCGAAGCUGAAGCAUACGCCCAAGUCACAGACAAAGAAAACAUUCGACUAAGCCCCUCCACUCCUCGUUACCCGCAAGGUAACGGUCAGGCUGAGUCCUCCAACAAACUCAUCAUCGAUGGUAUUAAGAAGCGUCUGGACCUGAAAAAGGGUCACUGGGCUGACGAACUCGACGGAGUCCUAUGGAGCCACCGCACAACCCCGCGAGGGUCGACUAAAUCGACACCUUUCUCCCUCGCCUACGGUGUCGAAGCAAUGGCUCCCGCUGAAGUUAACGUUUCAAGCCUCCGACGUUCCAAGAUGCCUCAAUACGUCGAGCUCAACAAGGAGAUGCUACUUGAUGCCCUCGAUGAGAUAGAAGAACGAAGAGAUCAGGCCCUGCUGCGCAUCCAGAAUUACCAACAUCAGAUAGAGAGUUACUAUAACAAAAAGGUCCGCGCACGACCCCUGGAACUCGGCGACCUCGUCAUGCGCAAAGUGUUCGAAAACACUAAGGAGCUCAACGCCGGCAAACUCGGCGCCAGAUGGGAAGGACCUUACAAAAUCAUUAAAGUCGUCAAGCCUGGCGUAUACAGACUCCAAACGUCGCGCGGCGAAGAAGUCCCACGAUCAUGGAACUCAAUGCACCUACGACGUUUCUACUCGUAG